AUGCAUUUCUCUUCCGCUACUAUUCUCCUUAGCAUCCUUGCUCUUUCCACGGCUGCGCCGGCUGGUUUGAAAACCAAGAGAGCUUCAGUCCUCACGGCACAAUCAUAUGCCGACUUCCAAGUCAGUGAUGGAGUUGCUGGGAAUGCUCUGGCUGAGGUCAACGCCAAAUUCCCGAUUGAUCAGACAGACCUUGCAAAUGUCUCCGACUCAGAUUUGCAAAUCAUCCAGGAUGCUCGAGUGGUUGCGGAAGAUGCAGAGACUGGUACGGGUGGCUUCAACGACGAGAUUGCUGCCGCUGCAAAUGGAGAUACCACGGCCUUGCAAAAUGGAAAGAUCAAGAACAAAGUCUUGAAGCUGCAACUUGAGGUCUUGGGCUUGCAGAUUGAGGCUGCUCAAGGCAACGCCGACCAGGACAAGAUUGACGAGGAAACUACCAAAUUGAACACCAACAUUGCUUUGGACAAGGCUGCUGCGGGACAGACGAGUGUUGGCGUGACCGAUACUUUCUCUGGUUAGCGAACAUCAAUCAAACUGGGACCGCAGAGGAACCCUUUGGCUGAGCAGGAUGGCACAUCUCGACCACAGAUCCAGGAUACAAAUUAC